AUAUUAACAUAACAAUAAAAAGAGUUUUACCAUUGUACUUCUCUAAUUGCGCUAAAGGAAAAGCCUCUUACCCAAGGUAGACAAACCUAGAAGAGCAGUGGUGGAAGGCAGCCAGAAGAAAAAGGGAGCGGCAUGUCACGGCACGCGAGUUCGGGGGCCGAAGUCGAGGGCAUCGUGGCACGGAGCUGCAGCCACGGGCACACAGGGGGUGUGUCCAGCGUCCAGGAGGCAUGCAACGCAGCGUCACGGAGUACGAGCGCAGAGACGAGCACGGGUGCAAGUCGAAGCGCAAGCGGAAGCGUGGACGCGGGCAUGCAGGACGCGGGUGUCAGUGUGGGUGUCGGUGUCGCGACACGGGGUUGCGGCCACGACACUUACGAGGACGCAUACGAGGACGCAGCCACAAGGCGGAUCGCUCGGGACGCAGCGGGCCUUGUCAGCGAAGGCUUAAUGAGCGCACAUGAUAGAUGGCAAGUUUUCAGAGGAGAAAGCACAAAUUCGAGUGAUUUGAUAUUUACAGUGAAACGAUCUUCAAUGUUUCAAUGGAAAACGAAACUAGAUGUUUUUCUUGCAAAUAACACAGAUGAGAAGGUUUGUGAUUUCAAGGUCAAAGGAAGUUGGUCGGAGAGAUCCUGCGUGGUUUACGCUGGAGAGUCUUCCUCCAUUGUUGCACAAAUGCACAAGAAGACUACAAUUCAAAGCGUGUUGAUCGGGAAGGACAACUUCAUGGUUACUGUGUAUCCAAACGUUGAUUAUGGAUUCAUUGUAGCUCUUAUUGUCAUUCUAACUGCAAUCAAUGAGGCCAGCAGUGGGGCUGCGGGUGGGGCUGCGGGUGGGGCUGCGGGUGCUUCUGCAGUCUCUGCCUGUUGAAAUUUUCUUCUAAUUAAUUCUAGUUACGUUUUGGCUAGAGUGAUGGAAAUUUAAAUUUGUUGACGUCUAGAAAUAAAUAAAGGAUUUGAAAUGUGUGAUCGUGAAGCACUCUUGAUAGUGUGGAGGAUUAUUUGAUGUAUACUUGAGCAACAUUUUGGUAAAUAAAGGAUUUCUAUAUAU